AUGGGCUCAUACUGGAGUGCUCAUGAGAGUGAAGAAUGCCCGUGCUGCUCACUCUCUGUGAAAAUCAUAAGAAUGAGAAAUCUGAGAAAGGCAGAUCUGUUUAGUCAAACAGAUUGCUAUGUAAGCCUGUCUUUGCCCACUGCUUCCCCUGAGACUGUCCGGACCAAAACCGUCAAGAACUGCAAAGACCCAGUGUGGAAUGAAACAUUUUGCUUCAGGAUCCAGAGCCAAGUAAAAAAUAUUCUGGAGCUGAAAGUCUAUGAUGAAAAUGCAGCCACUAAAGAUGACCUCCUCUUCACGGUCCUCUUUGAUGUUGCUAAAAUUCAGCUUGGAGAAAUUGUUCACUUGACUUUUCAGCUAAAUCCAAAGACACAAGAGAUGCUGGAGGUUGAGUUUGCAUCGGAGAGCAUUCCAGUCCCUCCUGAAAAGCUUGUCACUAAUGGUGUAUUAGUGUCUCGUGAAAUUUCCUGCUUGGAAGUCCUGGUGGACAAUAGGCGGACGAAGAAAGAACUUUCAGAAAAAGACUUCUUGUUUUCAGUGAAGGGAUCCUAUGAAGAGAGCCAGACCCUGUCACUGGGCUCUUCCUGGCAAGCUGCAAAGCCCCUGGACUUCCAUUACCUCAAGUACAGCCUGUCAGAGCUGCGCAUGGCUCUAGCAGAGAAGCCUCAUUUCUGCUCGUGUGUCUCAGGUGAAGAGAAAAAAGACUACCAUGCAUCCCUCACUAUUCCUCUGGAUUCACUUCCCUUCAAGGAGAAAGUAGCAGUAGCAAAGGAUGAAACAAUAAAUUUACAUGUGAAGUCAAAUGACUGGUCAAGAAACUUAGAUGUUCGCUUGGAUUUUGAUCUGUGUAUGGAGGAGAAAAAUUUCCUGCAGAAACGGAGGAAGUUUGUGGCUUCUGCUCUGAAAAAAGCACUUCAUUUAGAGCAAGACCUACAAGACCAUGAGAUACCAGUUGUAGCAGUCAUGACAACAGGAGGUGGCACCCGGGCACUGACAUCUCUGUUAGGCAACCUGUUGGGUCUUCAGAAGCUGGAUCUCUUAGAUGCUAUUUCAUACAUCACUGGAUCAUCUGGUUCAACAUGGACCUUGUCACAUUUGUAUCAGAGUGCUGACUGGUCACGCAAGGAUCUGUCCAGACCGAUUGGUGAAGUCCGCAGGCAUAUGACCAAGUGCAAGCUAAACUGCUUUUCCCUGGAGAGCUUUAAGUACUAUGAGAAGGAGCUAAAACUGCGGAAGCGAGAGGGAUACCAGAUCUCUAGCAUUGAUUUCUGGGGGCUUCUGCUGGAAAAAGCAUUAAGUGAUGGGAAAAACAACCACAGACUCUCAGAUGAGCGACAGGCAUUGAGUCAGGGUCAGAAUCCCCUACCUAUCUACAUGAUCCUCAACAUCAAAGAAGACUACAGCCUUUCAGAGUUCAAAGAAUGGGUGGAGUUCACCCCUUAUGAGGUUGGGUUCUUAAAAUACGGUGCCUUCAUUCGUGCAGAGGAUUUUGGCAGCAAGUUCUUCAUGGGUCGCCUGAUGAAGAAGCUCCCCGAAUCCCGCAUCUGUUUCAUGAAAGGCCUGUGGAGCAAUGUUUUUUCCUACAACCUCUUGGAUGCCUGGCAGUCGUCAGAUCCUACAGAAAGGUCCUCACUGAGGUGUACCCAACACAGGACUGUUGAUGUUGAAGGAGAUGAGCCUUCCUCACCAGCCAGGAGUCAUGAGUUGGAGACUUACUUAGUCACCCCUGAAUGUGGCAUCAUGGGCAUCAUUCGGCAGGUCCUGACCGAGCGGGUGAUGGUUUCAAAGUUCUACAACUUCCUGAAGGGGUUCCAGGUGCACAAUGAAUACCUUCAGAGCACAAACUUCUGUAUGUGGAAAGAUACUGUACUGGAGAAUUUCCCCAACCAGCUGACAGAAACGGCAGAGUUCAUGUGCCUGGCAGACACGGCGGGAUACAUUGAUAUCAGCUACCCACCACUCAUGAGGCCAGAGAGGAAAGUGGAUGUUGUCCUACACUUAAACUAUUCUUCUGGAUCGCAGACAUCGCCUUUGGAAGAAGCCUCCAAGUACUUCCUAAAGCAGGGAAUCCCAUUUCCCAAAGUCCACCUGAGUGAAGAAGAAAAGAAAAAUCUAAAGGAGUGCUACAUCUUCGAAGACACAGAGACCCCAGAGGCGCCAACAGUGGUGUUUUUCCCGCUGGUGAAUGACACCUUCAGAAAAUACAAAGAGCCUGGUGUGGAGCGCAGUCCUGCUGAGAUGGCGCAGGGCAAUGUGGACGUUUCCAGCAUUUUUUCCCCAUAUUGCUUAAACAGCUUUACCUACACAGAGGAAGAGUUCAACAAGCUGGUAGAUCUGACCAGCUACAACAUUCAGAACAACAAACAUCUGAUCCUUCAGGCUUUGAAUUCAGCCAUAGAGCAGAAGCGACAACACAAAAAAUAAACACUGUCCUGAGUUUCAGAAAGACACCAUAUAAUUUUUUUUUCCCUGCAGAAGAAUCAAGACCUGUUUGUGAAUGAGCACAAUGGUCUUGGGAAAGUACAAAGACUUGUCUCAGCCUGUGGUUUCUCUCCACCACGUGGUGAUCCUAGAUAAACCAAUCGAACAAAAUAAUGGUUAGUCUCGUGCUUUAUGUUGGAUUUCACUGCUGGUGAACAUUUUUUUCAUGUAUAUACAUGUAUAUGCAGUAAAUCAAAGGUUAGGA